AUGAAUCUUGUACAUUUGAUUAUCUUAUUCCUACCUCAAAUGGCAAUUUGUCGAGUCAACGAUAAAGAUGAGUUUUUAAGUACCACUUUUAUACUUCAAGGUUACUUUAAUAACCUGUACCAGUCGAUGUCUUCUGUUUAUGAAGAUGAGUUACAGAAAAUAUACGGAGUAAGCUUAGGUGGUUGGUUAGUUACAGAACCGUGGAUAACACCAACAUUAUAUGAGAAUGUACAAAAUAUUUACGUUAGACCUAUGCCAGUGGAUGAAUACACCUUAACGGCAACUUUGGGUAAAGACAUUGCGUUAGAGUAUUUGCAGCCACAUUGGGAAGAUUUCUAUUCAGAAGAUGAUUUUGAAGAAAUUGCAAACCUUGGAUUAAAUUUGGUGAGAAUUCCUAUUGGAUAUUGGGCAUUUGGUUUAUUAGAAGAUGAUCCAUUUGUUCAAGGACAAGAAGAAUAUUUGGACAAAGCAAUAGUUUGGGCUACUAAUCAUAAUUUAAAAGUUCAGGUUGGUAUACAUGGAAUGCCAGGAUCUCAAAAUGGAUUCGAUAAUUCAGGUCACUCUACUGCUACACCGUCAUGGUUAGAAGUUCCAGAAAAUAUGGAAUUGACUUAUGAAGUGGUGAACUAUGUGCUUGAUAAAUAUGGUAAUCAUUCAACGGUGCACUCGAUUCAGUUGGUAAACGAGCCAAUGGGAUUAAUAUUAAACAAAGAAAAGUUGAUGAAUUUUUAUACGUAUUGUCUUGAUCAGGUUGUUGAAAAAAAUAUUCAAGCAAAACUUGUAUUUCAUGAUGCUUUUCUCAAUAUUGAAGCAUGGAAAAAUUUUCCUGGUGAAUACAUUCUAGAUCAUCAUUUAUAUGAAAUAUUUUCUGAGUGGCAAAUUACCCUUAGUGUUGAGCAACAUUUAGAUACCAUUCGAAGACAAGGGGAAAGUAUUGAGAGAUCAGGACAAAGGAGUAUUGUGGGAGAGUUUUCUGGUGCCUUGACUGAUUGUACCAAGUAUAUUAAUGGUGUUGGAAAAGGUUCACGGUGGGAAGGAACAUUCGAAAGUAGACAAAAUGGAUCUUGUCUUGGGCGAGAUGAUCCGAAUCACAAUUGGUUUAAAGAGGACGUGAUGAAAUUUUUACAAGAGCAAUUUUAUGUUUAUGAAGAAAAGGGAAGUGGGUGGAUAUUUUGGUGCUGGAAAACUGAAAGUACAUUGGAUUGGGACAUGCAAAGAUUAAACAUGUUAGAAAUGCUACCAGAUCCUUUAUUUAGGUUCGCGCAUAUGAACAACGAACAAAAUUUUACGAGUCUGAAUAUUAACAUCGAUAAUAAUUCAUCACGUGAAGAUUCACAAUUCAAUGUUACAGAAGCUAAGACUACAAAGACAAGAACUAAGAAUGAAACAACUAUUACUGAUAUUGAACUAAGUGUAUUUGAAUAUUUCUUAAUUACAUUGUUACUUUUCUUUCGAUUUUGGUAG